CAUGUGUUUCACAUUAAUUCACUCACUGUAAUGGAAAUUUUAGUCAUUUGACAGCAAAACAGAGAAGAUAAACACGCCCCCUACUGUCAGAUGGACUAAACCUUGGGCAGAUCCUGAAGCGCAUCGGUGUGUUAGGAGGGAGAUCGGACAGAUCUUGUAUAACAUCGGUGUAUUAAUUGGGAGAUCGGACAGAUCUUGGACCACAUCGGUGCGUUAAGUAGGAAAUGGGAGAGAUCUUGGACGAAAUUGGUGUGUUAAGUAGAAGAUCACAGGGAUCUUGGAAAACAGUUUGUUAAGUUGGAGAUCGAAAAGAUCUUGGAGCAAAUUGAUUUGUUAUGUAGGAGAUCGGGAUCUUGACUCACAUCGCUGUGUUAAGUGGGAGACUGAAAAGAUCUUGUGGCACAUCAGUGUGUUAGGUGGGUGUGAAAGAUCAGAGAUAUUAGACCAUUAGUGUUUUAAUUGGGAAUUUGGAGAGAUCCUGGUCCACAUUGGUAUACCCGGGAGGUAGAUAGGAGAGACCUGGCACCACAUCAGUGCGUCAGUGGAGGGCAGAUACAGAUACAGGAGAACUGAUUAGAGGAGAAUUGCGCUGCAGGUUGGAGACACAGCAGAUCAGUGCGCCAGCUUGGAUCGGGAGCGUUGUUUUGUGGUGCAGAUCAGCAUCGGAUGCGCCUGGAUGGUGUGAGUCAGACUGCACUGAUAAGGCUCAUAUUUCACACUGAAUCAUGCCCGAGAUCUUGGCUCCGUGUCCCGUGGCGGAAUCGGUGGUGGUGGUGGAUCCGGCGACGGGCAACGGGACCGAGAGAGACCGGGAGAUGAACAUCACAGACAGCGUGGAAGGAGAAGGUCUGUUGGAGAGCAGUAUGCGCCUAAAGCCACACGAAGCUCAGAGUUACAGGAAAAAAGCGUUAUGGGUAUCAUGGAUCUCCAUUGUGUUGACUCUCAUCCUGGCAGUGGCGGCCUUCACCGUUUCCUUCAUGCGACACAGCGCAUCGGCCUUUGGAUUUGCUUUUGAUGCCACAUUAGACGUUCUGUCAUCCGUCAUCGUGAUCUGGCGCUACAGCAACGCCGCUGCUGUGCAUUCGGCCCACAGAGAGUACAUAGCCUGUGUGAUACUGGGGGUCAUUUUCAUCCUGUCCUCCAUGUGUAUCCUGGGCAAAGCCAUUCAUGAUCUGUCCACCAAGCUCCUGCCUGAAGUGGAUGAUUUCCUCUUCAGUGUAUCUAUUCUUAGUGGGAUACUGUGUGGCGUUCUGGCCGUUGCCAAGUUCAUGCUGGGGAGGGUGUUGACCAGCAGAGCUCUGAUCACUGACGGUUUUAACUCCAUGGUUGGAAGCAUCAUGGGCUUUUCCAUCCUAAUCAGCGCUGAGGUAUUUCGCCACAAUCCCACUGUAUGGUUCCUGGAUGGCACAGUUGGUGUUCUGAUAGGCCUCAUUAUUCUAGCUUAUGGAAUAAAGUUGUUAGUCGACAUGGUACCACGGGUAAGACAAACCAGGAACUAUGAGCGCUUUGAUUGAGCGCCUUUGAAGAGCAAGCACCCACCAUCACACGUCCAACUCUAAAGCACAUACUCCAGGCAAGAAUACAGACCGUGACACCUUCUGCAUUGUUGCAGUGGUUGCAGGACUCAUAACCAUCACAAAUUUUCAAAAUCAGAUGCUCAGCACAUCACUCACGAGAUGAUAAAGAUACAGCAGGAGAUGGUUUCUGAUUCAGGCGAAAGGAAAUCAAAAGCAGACAAACCAUGGUUGCUGGAUCAAAUGCUUGGAAACACAAAAUUCCAUGAUUUAUGAUAACUUCUACUGCCAGAUGGUGUGUGGGAUGAAUGUUAUGAUGUUUUUUUUCGUCCUGUCUCAAUGAUCAGCCAUUAGAACUUUGAGGGGUUUUUAAACACAGCUGAAAUGAAAUGUCGCUUAAUUACAGGUGUACAGAAGCGAAUUUCUGAACACAAAGUGAAUCUGCAAAAUCUACACACGAAUCCGUUGUAACAUAAAAGUUUUCGCAAUCCCACCACAUGGUUCUUAUGUUGUAGUGGAAAUCAUGCCACUGACGGUCAAACUAGUAUUGACUGUAUCUGUAUCUACAGGCCCAAUUCCAAUAUCUCAUAAAUACACUUUCUAUUCAUAAAACAAACAAAAAAACCAAGCAAAUGUUUACACUGAGAAUAUAUACCAUUUCAAGAAAAUAAUUAAGCCGAAAGUCUCAAAAAAGUUGGGACGGGGCAACAAAAGUCUGGAGAAAGUAAGUGUUAUUAAAUCUAAACAAUCGUAGAAACAUUUAGAAGUCAAGAUGGGCAGAGCCUCAACAAUCUGAUACACUAUUUAUACCAAUCAUCUGUUGUUCAUACACCUAAUCAGCAGAGGUGGAAAAAGUAAAAAAAAUAUUCUACUCAAUUAAAAGUGCUGGUACUUUAAAAUUGUAAUUAAGUACCGUAAAUAAGUCAAAAAAUCCGAUCACGUAAAAGUAAAAAGUAUUUUAUUUUAAAUUUACUUAUCUGCCGAGUCGGGGUGGGGGAUUCUAGGGGAGUUCAAGAAGGACAACGAGAUAUAAAUCUCAAAGUAACUGAAGGAACAUCUUUACAAAUUUAAGUGCAAUAACAAAUAAAUAAAUAAAUAGUCCGUGACUUGAGUCUAAUGCGAGUUACGCAGCAAAUAAAAAAAAAUCUGAAUUCGAAUGCACGCAUUGAACAACUUUUGAUUCAACGGCAUUUCGCUUUCUGCAUCACUGGAGUCCGUCUCCAUCUUUCUUUCUUGUGACUUUAGUGCGUUUUUUCUCCACCAAUCAAUCAACCAAUGUGCAUUAGUUUCCAAGGUGCAACUUUUUUCUCCUUCGCAUUAUGUUUAUUUAUUCAUUUUUUAUUCAGUAACAGAUAUGAUUUAAAUGUAAAGUACAAUGCUUCAAACAAAACGUAUACUUAAGUAAAAUUGCAGAUUUCAGAAACUACUAUAAAAACGAGUACAAGAAAAUAAACUACUCAGUUGCAGUAAGGCGAAACACUUCUGCUAAUUAGUUGCAAAAUCUUUCUCUAACUGCUGAAUGCUAAUAUUUACUUUUUCCAGACUUUUGUUCCCGAGUUCUUGCAGCCAUCGAAUUCAAAAUGAUCUGCCUUUUUUUGGCACAUUUCCUCAGUUUAAACAUUUGACAUGUUUUCUAUGUUCUAUUAUGAAUAAAAUAUGGGUUUAUGAGAUUUUCAAAUCAUCGCUUAUUGUUUUUAGUUACAUUUUUUGCAAUUGGGGUUGUAAUUUUCCCACUGGGAAAACCAUGUCGAGUCAGAGAAAUUAUGUUAAAAGUGUUUAUUAACCAAAUGAGUAGAAUCUGCCAGGCAAAUGAGGACAGAAACUCUGAUUGGAAGAUCAGGAGGUGAGAUCCCAGAAAACCCUCACCUGCUCAGUUGAAAAAAAUGAGAUAACUGUAAGUUUCUUAAGGGUAUCUGCUGUUGCUUUAGAUAAACGCCAGUGUACACACUUGAUACCUUCCCAAAUCCAUUCAGUGCUUAUUUCUAAUAUGUAGAUAAAAGACCAAAAGUUCCUCAAAAACACUGAGUUAUGGUUUCUGCCAUUUAUGAAGAUACCUAACCCGUGUCAUGACGUGUGAUUUCUCGCAAUCGUGGUAGCUCUAGCGCUUGUUUUGUGUUGUCAAGUUCCUUGCACAUUAUAACAGGGAUGGAAAAAAAACAACAAACCGUAUGAUACCAUGAGUUAAAAAAUAAGAUACAGUAUGUAUGUGCCAUUACAUUAAAUUUAUCAGUGCCAAUCGUGUCAAUAUCAACAAUACAUAUCCAAUACUACAGGAUAGGCUCCAGGCUCCUCGCAACUCUUCGUAGGUAUAGGAACUGGAAUGAUGGCACUUUUUUUGCUAUAUAUUUCAAAGCACAAGUCUCGGAAACCUCCUACGCCGCUAAUGACAUUCCCUCAGUGCAAUAAUAGUCUGCAGGCAAUUCAUUCAUGUUGUCCACAUCAUGCAAGAACUUCUUGUAAGUGCUUCCAAAAUGAUUUAUGUUCAACCAAGCACAAAGUAUUGACAUUGAUAUUUCAGCUUCCACCUAUUCACCACCGUUUGCACAAAUGUUAUGUGAUUUGAUACAAACUAGAGCAGAAAAUCUAGAAGAAUAUUGUAGAGGAA